UUUUAAUGAUUUUUAAUAGUAUUUUUUAUAAUUUUCGAAUAAUUUUUAAUAUUUUAAUUCAAAUUAUUAUAUGGCCUCUUAUUUUGGCACAAAAGGAAUGCAACAAAGUCUAUCCAUUACGAAUCGGAAGCCUCCCUUGCAACUGUAACGAAGGAUGGUACAAUUUCUAUUUGCCGGACACUAGCAAAACUUUGCGCGGCUAUUAUGCCAUAGAUAAAAACGACGGGUCAAUCAUAUUAAAAUUCGGAGGCAGGGCUUCUAAGAUAUGGGAUUAUGUGAAUGAGAAGGAUAGAAACUUUGAAUUGAACUUGAUACCUAAACUGGUUUUCGAUUUAGGAGUAAAAUUAAGUGAUACCAUUCCAACCAUUCAAACAGAUCUACGAUUAGACUUUAACGCCGCGCGUACCUAUAAUCCUUCUUACAUAAUCGUAAGAUAUUUAAAUGACCUAUCUCAAUCUUACAAAUUGUGCAUUGACUCUUAUGUAAGACCCCCUGGGUACACCAGUGUUGUGUUUGAUGGAAAUUCUAGGGUAAGAUGCUACGGAAAACUGGGGCGAAUUAUCACAGGUUGCGGUAAAUGCGGACUUCCUUUCCUUGCAGAAUUUUCCAGACCUUUUAUCAUUGAAAAGAUAAUUAUGUUAUCAAGUGGGGAUGAGUAUUCUAGGUCAAACCUGGGUGUACGAGACUGGAGGGAAUAUGGAAACACUUACAAUGUAAUGGGAAGUUAUUACUAUAUCUCAUUCAAACUGAAUGAAUGCUCCUUUGCCUCAACUGAUUACAUCGCGGAAGAUUUAGUGACCACUCCAAGCAUUGUACGCACACCCAUCGCUAGAGUCAAACUUACUGAUUCUAGUAUCGAAGAUAUCGUGACAAAAACUACUAAAAGAAUAACGUAUGAACUUCCAUCUCAAACUACCAAAACUUCUACUUGGUGGACGACCAAAGCGACGACGUCAGUCACUCUCACCCCAUCUUUUGACGAUAUCUAUUCUGGUAUAUGUGGUAGGGUAACCAUCAAUAAAACUAUUACUAAAGAGCCAUUUUCCACGGGAAAAAACGCUAGGCUUAUUCCCGCCAAUCAAAGAAUCAAGCCAUUCUACAGUUCUCGAAAUAAGGAAAAAUAUAAUAGAAAUAGAUAUCUUAAACCUCAUUCACGUUUCAUGGGAGGUAGAAGACGUAAGAAACCAUUUCCGAAAUUAUAUAUUACCCCUUCAACUCCUUAUUGGGAUGACUAUCAAACUGAAUACCCUUAUACCGAAGAAGAAUAUACUCCCUAUAUGGAAGAUGGUUAUGAAGAGGUUUUUGGAAGAUUGAUGAAGAGGUCCACUCUCGAAGACGAGGAUAGCAAUAAAAAGAAAAUUGAAUCUAGAAUCUUUGGCGGAACAGUUUCCUUGGCAGGAGCUUGGCCCUGGCAGACUAGCAUAAGAUGGAGAGGGGAACACAUAUGCGGAGGCUUUUUGAUCAGUGACAGACAUGUGGUAUCGGCGGCCCAUUGUUUUUUGAGAGUGAAUAUUCACGAACUCACUGUUCAUCUCGGAACCCUUAACAAAAACGGAACAGACAAAACCGAGCAAAUUCGAAGAGUCGUUAAGCUGUUUAGACAUCUUUAUUUCAACAAAAUUAAAAGAUUUGAUAGCGACGUCGCGUUGCUUCAUCUAAACGAACCCGUUGUCUUCAACGAAUACAUCUCGCCUAUAUGCCUACCUAAAAUUAAACCCACCAAAGAUCUAUUCUGUCAAGUCACGGGGUAUGGAACAACUAAAGGUGCUGGUAAAGAAUACGUUUUAAAUGAAAUUGCCGUGCCCAUUAUUCCCAACUACGAAUGCAAUCAGCCCGAUUGGUUGAACGAUCGCGUAACAGAAAAUAUGCUGUGCGCUGGGGGCGAAUUGGUCGACGCAUGCUCUGGAGAUAGCGGUGGGCCAUUGGAGUGUCUAGGAGACGAUGAUGUAUGGUACGCGACGGGAAUUGUUUCAUGGGGCAUAGACUGCGGAAAACCUAUGAAGCCCGGUGUUUACACGAGAUUGAUCACCUUCGUGAACUGGAUAAAAGAUAAAAUGAAUCAAUAAAAUUCCGUUACGUUUUAAAAAAAAAAAAAAUUUUAGGCCAUUUAAAAAUAUUGCCAUUAGAUUUUUAUGAUUAUAAAAUUUUUCAUUUAUUAUUAUUGUAUAGUAUAGUCUGAAUUUUUUAUUUU